AUGGCUGCCCCCGCAACCAAGAACAUUGGAGACCUCAGCGGCAAGUGGGUCCUGAACAAGAGCCAGUCCACCAACAUCGAACCGGGGCUCGCUCUGCAGGGCGUUGGCUGGAUGACCCGCAAGGCUAUCAGCUUAGCAACCGUCACGCUCCAUGUUAAGCAAUUCGUGGCCCCGCCGUCGCCCCCGGCCGACCCCGCCAACCCGCCGGUCACGCACGUCGAGAUCGAACAGACCGGGACAGGCGGUCUGAAGGGCUCUACUGAGAAGCGAUGCCUCGAUAAUACCUUCCGCGACCAUAGCGACUGGCUCUUUGGCCGUGUCAAGGGCCGGAGCUCGUGGAUCGCCACGGCCGACAUCUCGGACACCUUCCUCAAGUCGGACUGGUUGGAGGGCGAUGAGGAGAAAGGCGGCCCCAACGGCGAGACGCACCUCCUCAGCCACGUCGAGAGCUACGAUAAUGGCUGGACCGCCACUCAGAUCUGGGGCUUCAAGAUGGUUGACGGUGUCCGGAAAUACUGCCGAAACAUCAUCAUCGCCAAGGGUGACGAGCGCGUCGAGCUUGCGCUCGUUUAUGACUACCUCGAGUGA